AGGUUCUUGAACACACACUACCGUAAACGUUUCGCGGUAGCCAUGGCAACAGUACAUCAACUUCCCUGUGAAUGGACUGUAGCUGAGUCUGGCCUCAUCGAAAAUGUCAAAAAUAUCUGCUAUGAACAAACGGGCGACACAGACGCUCGCUGAGAACAUUUCGAAACAAGUGGAGCACUUCAGUAAAAAAGAGGUUGAGUGCCUUAUCCGAGAGUUUAACGUCCUUGUGGCGGAGCAGAACAACUCUGGCAGAGCUGUGCACGGUCUGGACCGAGGGAAGUUCAUAAGCACACUCCACAGCAUCUUUGGACUUACUGAUGACAGGAUGACGGGUAGAGUCUUCAGGACAUUUGACAAAGACAACGACAGCGUUGUCAGCAUGAAAGAGUGGAUCGAGGGACUGUCCGUCUUUCUUCGGGGGACCUUGGAUGAAAAAAUAAAAUACUGCUUCACUGUCUACGACCUGAAUGGUGACAAUGCCAUCUCUAGAGAGGAGAUGCUUCAUAUGCUGAAGGGCAGGCUCAUCAGACAGCCCAAUGAGGAGGACCCUGACGAAGGAAUCAAAGACCUGGUGGAGAUCAUACUGAAGAAGAUGGACUAUGACCAUGAUGGCAAAUUGUCUUUUGAAGAUUUUGAAAAGACUGUGAAAGAUGAGAACCUAUUGCUGGAAGCUUUUGGAACCUGCCUUCCUGACUUCAGGAGAAUCGAGAUGUUUGAGGGACACGUAUUUCAGGAACAAUUCGAACAAUAACCAAAUCACAUAACUGCAUACCUAGCCAAAACAUCUUUAAUAUUAACCUCAAUGGAACGGUGCUGUGAUGCAAGAUUUGUUUAAUUAAGAAAAAAUAAAUAAAUCCUGCUCUAUCAAAUC